AUGAUCGCUCGAGACCUCCAGCCGUACGAGUUCGUGGAGAAUAAAGGAUUUCAGGACUUGAUCCGCGACCUCCAGCCCCAGUACAAGAUCCCGCACAGAACUACGUUUUCAAGAACAGUAAUUCCUGAGCUGUACCGACGCACAGUCGACUCACUCAAGACACAAAUCGCGUCGGACAUAGCAAAGGGAUUAGAGUCGCUCGCAUUCACAACCGACAUGUGGACAUCCAGGGCAAAUCAAGGAUACAUCUCCUUGACCUGCCACUAUAUGACCCAAGAUUUCGCAGUCAAGGCCUUCACCCUGGCGUGUUGUCACCUGCAAGAAAGCCACACAGCUGUGAAUAUCCAAGCCUGCUUAACCGAAAUCGUCAAGGAGUGGUCUCUUGACCUCAGCACUGUGCCUGUGUAUGUGGUGACAGACAAUGGUCGGAAUAUCCGUGCCGCCGUGCGUCAGAUGGAAUGGAUCCCACUUCAGUGCCUGGGACAUACGUUGCAACUGGCAAUAAAGGACGCAAAAGAAGAAACGCCGGUGGUUUCAUCACUGUGCAAGAAGGCACGAGCGUUAGUGGGGCACUAUAAACACAGCGCUCAGGCAACUCGCCGGCUCAAGGACUGCCAGAAGCGCAUGGAGCUGCCAAGUAUAGGUCUCAUUCAAGAUGUGGACACGCGUUGGAAUAGUGAACACGCAAUGCUGAGCCGCUUGGUGCAGCUAAGAGACGCUGUCUCACUCGAAAUAGCAACAUCAGAAACAAGUGUGAGCUGCCCGUCCCCAACCCUCGCUCAACGCACAACCCUCCUUCUCGCCUCCUUCCCGGGUGAUUUCGCUUCCGAGAGGGUUGUUGCACCGGACGCGGGCACUUUGAGUCGCCGUGUGCGUGGUUCGCUCUCCGGCCUGGGAAACACGGCCCGCUGCAAGCGUGUCGCUGGCCCCCACGGGCCGACCGCCCGCUCCACGGGCCUCGUUAUAAAAAGCGGCUUUCCAACUCUGCCCGGCUACAAUCCGCUGCUGAGCUCUCCAGACAGCUGA